AUGAGCAAAUCUGUAGGGCACCUCUUCCGCGUCGACGCAUCUCUGCAAGAAUACUUCGACGUAUGUAACGACGAGGACAGCUGUGAGGAGGAGUUUGACGACGAGAGCGACCAGGACUCGCCAAACUACUGGCGGUCGUCACGUCUCUCCCCGCUCAGGGGAAAGGCGCGGCUGAGUUUGCGCCAGCGCAACUCCGUUCAACAUGCGCUGAUGAGUCAGCAGGCCGCCCCUCGUCGGGGUCGCGACGCGGCGGCGGCGGCGUCGGUAUUUGCCAAGCCACUGAGUGCCACUGUGGAGGUGGGCGACGAAACGACAGAGGGGGCGGCGGGGAUUUUAACCAACGGCAUGCAAGAGAGCACCGCCGAGUGCCUCUUCUUUGACGCCCUCUGUGCGCUACACCAGUCCCCGAAUGGAAGUUUUGAGGUGACGCCCUCCCAGCAAAGCGAGGGUCCGCCGGUGUGGUCCCUGCGCAAAGGAGUUGCCGCGGCCGAGACGUGGGAAGCGGCCUCUUUUUGUUUGCGCUCACUUAUUGAGGCGCUUCUCGUUGGGGCCAAUGAUGUGGCGCGGGCUCAGUGGCUACUGGAGUUACUUGGGAUGUCUUUGUCCCGGGAAAAUGCAGGUGCCAUGGCGGAUGCCUUCACGGACUACUCUCAAACUUGCACGGGGGAAGAGGCUUUGCGCCUUGCGGCGCGCUUGGUCCUGUCCCGCUUUGCCUCCGUCGUACGCCAGUUGAUGCAGCGGGUAACGAGUUGGGCAUUGCAGAUGCAGGAAAGGUGUGGUGCCGCCAAUCUCCAAGGGUUUCUGCGGCCUAGUCUGCAUAAGAGUAUUGAAAAGGCACUCUUGCCUUUACGGCGUUGCAUUCAUUUGAUGGGGCGUUCCUGCAGUCUGACGGGUGAGCGUCCUCCCACUGGGGGUUCUAGUGCAAAGACGGAGGUGAACGCUGUCACCCGCGCCUCAGCUCUCAUGGACCAUCUCAUUGUUCGCCUGAGUGCACUGCAGGACAGCAACACGAUGUAUCUUUACCGUUUCUACAUGGUUCUCUUGAUAUAUUGCAGUUGGCCCUAUGUGCUCCUCAUGACAUCGGCUAUCUUUGGCUUUGUGACGGAUAUUGACGCGGACGCGUGGCGCUCAAAUUUUCCACGCAUAUUUCGUUUGUCAUUUUCUCACAUUCGAGUCGGCGACCACAGCAGGAGUGACCGCAAAAUAGUGACGCUGCCCACAGAUAUUCUUUCCCUUCUGCUGCUGUGCGUCGGGUACGAGCGGGUGGAGGCGGACGGAAACUGCCGUGAUGAAGGCGGGAAACGGAGGCGCGGCGUCAACCGUGCGAGAAGACGUGCGGCAUUUGCAUCGAUGUUGUCGUCUCGGAGUUUUAUUUUGCGCAGUUUUGUGGCCUUCGCACGGCAAAAGGUGCUCGUUGGCUGGACUCGCAAGCGAUCCGUCGAUGGGCGUCCCGCGGGAGAUGAAUGGCUGAGAUUCACACAACGGGGAAAGGAGGCAGCGGGCUGCUUUGCCUCCGCCUCCGCCGCCCUGCCGCUUGCGCUCUGCAGCGACGGCGAGGACGGAUGCACGCCGCUGUGUCUCGAAAGUCUCAUGUGGACGUUGCAAGUAGAGGAGACGAAGACUCAGCACGAUUUACUGCUCCGUGACGGCACGACGGAGGGAAACGGCAAGCCGCUGCUGCUCUGGCUUCACACUUCCUUGCCAGCUGCCAGAUGGGUGACGGCGAGCCUCUUAGUUCCCAUUGGACAAGUCGUGCAGCGCUUACACGAGCGACGACUGGCGGAGUUGCUCUCGACUAACGUUGCACGUGACCGUGUGGGGUACCAAGCCGCCAAUCUCGAGGACAAUGGUGAUGCUGACGAUGAGGAUGAUGAACUGCCUGUUGUGGAACUCGCCGAGCGCUCAGCCACGGGAGGUGGAGAGGGCAUUACCGGCCCUUUACGACGCGGCGGCCCGCUGCCACCGGUCCCUGCUGGUAGUGGCGUUGCUGGCAGGACUGCAGUUGAGGCGGCACUAACGCCACACGGUGUUACCUUUCGGGACGCCGUGAGCUUACUCAUUGAUAUUGCGCUUUGUCGUGAUAGCGAUCGUAUUGUGUACACGUUUUUGUACCGACUCUUCCUUGAGCCGCACUGGUGGUACCGGCGUGACGCGAUGAGUUACAAUUACACGGGUACUGCCUCAAGUUUGAUUUCCACCGCUUUCUCGGAUUCCAUUCGCGGAAAGGCACUUGCUCCGUUUGUUCGGCUCUCGGUGACGCCAAGGUCGGAAGCCGAUGCUUCCCCGGCCACUGGCGACGAUUCUGCGCUUGAGCUGCUUCGGACGUUUGCCUCCUUUGAGCUUCACUUUUCUUUUCCAUGGGACAUUGAGUUGAUUUUGCUUCCCUUGAACCUCUCCGUCGCGUGGGGGGACGCGGGUAGCGUUCAGGAGAAAUACGCAUCCUACUUUUGGAGGAAUCGACGCCGCGGUGAGGCAAAGAAAGGGAGAAGCGAGACUGUGAAGGUGACGUCCGCGGCGGCGGGGGUACAAGAGCAGCACGAGAGGCAAGGGCUUCGGUUGUCUGAUGGCCACGGGAUGCGGGCGUGGGACAGCUGGAGCUACUGCUUUGGCUACCUCUGCUCCUUGCACUAUGCCCAGAUCUCCCUUCGGGAGCAGCGGAAGCGGCUGCAGCAGCGGGAUAUUGUCUCGCAUAACCUCAUGUCUGCGCUUGGCAGCUCGUCGCAGGCCGAAAACCACACGGCGCGUCUCACUCGCGGGCUUGGCAGCGCCUACUUUGAGCUUUCUUUUGCCGUGGACUCCCUGCUUAGUUUUACCCAGAACAUUGUGGGUGGCGUGGCCCGGGAGUUGGAGGGGGAACUGACCAAGUUGGGGGCGGUGGGGUCUUGCAUAGAGCUGUGCCAGCGCCUCGACGCCCUCCUCCUUCGCCUCGGCUCUGUGUGUUUUCCAGUUGCCCCGCAGCCGGAGGACGCGGUUCCGUUGGCCGAUUUUCUCCCUGUCCGUGAAAGCAUCGCCGCGGUGCUCACAAUUGCGUUGAACCCCACCACAUUGCCGCUGAGGCACAUCACGUCUAGAACUCAGAAUGCGAUUGAAGCGCUUGUGGCCGUGGUACGUGCGCUGCCGGCGGCGUCCGUGCUGAAGGAGAAGGUUAGUCCUUUGCUGGUUCUCUUAACAUUUAACCGCUUCUACGGCGAAUGA